AUGAACCCCCAUAUCAGCAGCUGGCCGAUGGCCGACCUGGACGCGCAGAGUCAGAGCCGAGCAGAGCCUGCCCAGGAAGCCGGCCAUCGCCCCCUUGUGCAUCCCGAGGCGCAGGAGUAUGACCAGGCUCUCCUGGACUUUGAUCUCGACACCUACCACCAUCUGUUCACCCAAGACAUCCCCCACUCCGCCUCCUCGGCACUCGAGCUCGACUACCCUCACCCCCAGUUCACCAGCGCAUUCCAGCUCCAGCCCCCAGCCGCCUCAGCCACCACCCCGGCGUCCGACCCCAACUCGCCCCCCUCCAGUGCAUCCUCCAGCGGCCCGCCCAACCAGCUCGUCUGUCUCCAAUCCCCCGCCUGGUCUUCUCUCGACCAACUCUUCCUUGCCGCCCUCCCACAGCCCCCUCAAUCCAGCCCCCUCUUCCCUCUCGACCGCAUCCCUAACCCUGCAAGCUCCUUCGACCAGUCCCAUCAGCAGCAGCCCUUCAACCUGCUCAACAACCUCUCCCUCGACUUUGCACUCGAGCCUCACCACUGGAACCUCGCCUUCGAUCCCACUUACUCUUCAUCAUCAGACAUCCCACUAGACUUUUACAGCCACUCUUCAUUCCUGCAGCCCUCGGACUGCAUCGAAUUCACGGAGAAUGAUUGUCAGCAACAGCUCGUCCAGCCGAUGUUCCUCCACGACCAGCACCCAUCCCCUCCCGAGCAGCAUUUCAAGCUGUCCAACCGACCGGGGCCUGAAGAGGAAGAGCAUGGAGGCGCUGAGCUGCCCGCCUGCGUCGACCAUCCUGAAGAGCCUAUCACGGCUUUCGCCUCGCCCGCGUCCCGCCAAGAGACGCCUUCCGCCCCGACCAUCCCAAUGAAGCGGGCGCGCUCGUCCCACUCCCAAUCGGACGAGCGCCCUCUGUCCGUCGCCCCGCCCCAGCCGGCUGUCAAUCCCGCGGACCUCGCCGGCCGGCAGCUCAUCGAGCCCGACAGCCAUCACAACAUCCAGCUGCAGACCUCCCAAGAAUCCAAACCUAAGCGCGCCAAAGCACGCAGCAGCAAUCCGUCGAGCGUGAAGCCCCAUGUCUGUCCAGAAUGCGGGAAAUCAUUUCCGCGGUUGACUAGUUUGACCCAACACAAAACGACACACAAUGGCGAACGCCCGUUCCGGUGCGGCUUUGAAGGAUGUAAUAAGAGCUUCACGACCAGCUCGAACUGCAAACGACACUGCAAAACCCAUCAGCCAUAG